CGUCCCGGCGCGGCGCAGGGCCGUAUCUCGGUGGGCGGAGAGAGGAGGCGCCGACUCCAAGCAAGUAGCUCGGAUUCAAGACCCGUUUUUGCCAACUCUUCGCACGGUUUGCCGCUUACAACCUUGACAAAAGGAGACCAGAGAGUCCGCGGGGUAUAGUGGGAGCCAUGGCCAGUGUGUACGGAUGGCCAAUGAACGCGCUCAACCCAGUCCAAACAGCGAGCCCCUUCAUCGAGAUCAUCGAGCAGCCGAAGCAGCGCGGGAUGCGGUUCCGAUACAAGUGCGAGGGGCGCUCCGCGGGCAGCAUACCUGGGGAAAAAAGCAACGACACCACCAAGACCCACCCGGCCAUUAAGGUGCACAACUACAGCGGCCCCCUGCGUGUUCGGAUCUCCCUGGUGACAAAAAACACGCCGUACAAGCCUCAUCCGCACGAGCUGGUCGGAAAAGACUGCAAGCACGGCUACUACGAGGCCGACCUGCAGGAGAGGCGGAUACACAGUUUUCAGAACUUGGGCAUUCAGUGUGUGAAGAAGAAGGAUGUGAUUGAGGCCAUCACAUGUCGGCUGCAGACUAACAACAACCCUUUCAACAUUCACGAGGCCAAGGUGUGGGAGGAGGAAUUUGACCUGAAUUCGGUGCGGCUCUGCUUCCAGGCCUCCAUCACGCUGCCUUCGGGGGAGCUGUUCCCCCUGGAGCCCGUCGUCUCGCAGCCCAUCUUUGACAACAGGGCUCCAAACACAGCAGAGCUGAAGAUCUGCAGAGUGAACCGUAACUCGGGCAGCUGCAAAGGCGGCGACGAAAUCUUUCUACUCUGCGACAAAGUCCAAAAAGAGGACAUCGAGGUGCGCUUCUUCCAGGACUCCUGGGAGGGCAAGGGAACUUUCUCGCAGGCCGACGUCCACAGGCAGGUGGCCAUCGUGUUCCGCACGCCGCCAUACCGCGACACCAACCUCAGCGAGCCCGUCCGCGUCAAGGUGCAGCUGCGCCGACCCUCGGACCGCGAGGUCAGCGAGCCCAUGGACUUCCAGUACCUGCCCGCCGACCGGGACGAAUACCGGUGGAAUGAGAAGCGCAAGCGCACCGGCGAUAUGUUCCAGAGUCUGAAACUGGGAUCUCUGCUGUCUACAAGGUCAAUUCCACCACCCGAUCGCAGACACUUCAGUCCCGCCAGGAGGACGGCCCCAACCAAAGCUCCGCCGAUGAUGGCGCCAGCUUUUCCACCUGCUGCCAGCGGGGCCAAGGCGCAGCCCUCCUUCACUCACAUGCAGCCCAGCCAGAUGUUCUCGGGCCAGACCAAGGUGGAGGCGUCCCCCUGCUCCUUCUCCUCCUCCCCCUCCACAUUCUCCUCCUCCCCGUCUUCCAAUUCCGUCGCAGCCACGAGCCAAACGUGGAAGAUCAUGGAGAGCUUGAACCUGGGCCCGCAGCCCCAAGCCAUCCGGGUUUCGGGUUGCUCCGCCAACCACCCGCCUGUUUCCAGCCAGGACUACCCCACCGUCAACCUGUCAGACCUUCAGGAAUUCUUCCCCAGCAUCAGCUCGGUCGUCACCCAAGAGGCGCCGGCCUCGCAGGGGAGCGCCGCCCCCUCGCAGUCCUCCGGCUUCUUCCCCUUACUGGGCUCUCAGUUCCCAGCGGACGCCAGCGCGGUGGAGGAGGGCAUUCCGCAGUUCCCCAGCUUUUCGGAAGCCCAGGCCUCAGGAACCCUGGACAGCCUAGACAUGGACGACUUUGUGGACCUCCUGAAUCCGCCGGACGAAAGCGGCAACGGCCAGCAGGCCGGCCACUCGGCGGCGGCGGCGAUGGCCGCAGCGCAGAACGCUUCGGACCCGGCCGGCAACCCGGGAAGCACCUGGAUGAAUUAUCCCAACAGCAUCGUCAACCUGCUCCAGAACGAGAGCAUGAUGGACGUCUUGACCAACAACGGCAACAACCCGCAGCGGCCCGCCGUGCUGGACGAGUUUGACGAGUUGAUUUCCGUGGAUGAGGAUCAUCUCAUUUCCAUUUUUAACAGCGGAAGCCAAGCCGGUUUUGUUUCGGGACACCCCACUUAAAAGGCAUUGAAGAGCGCUGCUCACAUCUGGCACGUCUGGAACGCCCUUUCAGCAUUUAUUCCACGUCCAUUUCCUGAGAUGCUCUUCGUCCUCACUCGCUCAGACAAUUCAGGACACUUGACAGAACGACUGCGUCUUGCCAGUAACCUUAUUUCUACUCGUGCAUGCCCCUCAAUCUGGCUAUCAAGGAAUAAGAUCCAUGCACUAGUGACAAAAAAAAAAAAAAAAAACUUCUCAUCAAAGACAUCAAAUAAAAGCAAAAGCCGUUUGAGCAUUUCUUUGAAAUCCAGCUUUAAGUCCAUGUCCGAGCCCGCUUUCUGGUAACAAGGCGUUAGUUGGUCACCACGCGCUACUUCAAGCCCUAACCUUCAUUGUGGCGUGAUAAACUUGCAUUUCCUUGGUUCAGCCCUUAAAACUAGCGAUGCACUUCUCUGUCCUUCUCGUCGUUCUACCAGUGCAGAAAUGUCAUCCGGUCGUGGGGAGAAAAAAAAAAACUUUACUGCAGUUCCAUCUUCGUUCUACUUGCACUGAAUUGUGUGACGAGUGAGGACAAAGAGCCUACCGGUACUCGUACCUGGACCUAGAGCUGGAUUUUUCUGCUAUUGAACAAAUGCUCAAAUGGAUUUCCAACAAGGUUGUUGAAGUUUCAACAUGUGUUCACCGUUUUUUUUUUUUUUUUUUUUUUUUUCAUUAAACGACGACAGCAGGUCUGCUUUUCUGACUGGGAUUGCAAACAGACUUGAAGGUAAGUCGAUGCAGCUGUGUCUUCAAAGAGUCUGUCACCUUUGUUACAAUAGUGGACCAAUGUCUUUUUUUUUUUUAAACAUCUCGCCAAAUGGUAGUCAUGUGCUCAGAACCAAAUGAAGGGUCUAGUUGUAAAUAACACGGGCAACGUUCACGUCUGCUUGCAUCACUAUGAACUGUGAAAAGGUGUCAUGCUGUGUUUUGUCAUACCUCCUCUUCCUCCUCCUCCUCGUUUGUGUCAUUUAUUGCAGUUUCCCCGCAACCCUUGAGCCAAGGCAGCCAUUUUACAUUUGGAGAAAAAAAAAUGUCAGCGCUGAUCCGCUCUCGUGCCAACUUAUGUGAAAUGCCAAAAACAAAACCGAUCGGCAGAGUGUUUUUUUGAAGCUUGGCACUGAUUUCUUGUGUGGCAACGGCUUUAAUCGACUUAACUGGAUUCAAACCUACUUGCUUUAUUGUCAAAUAAAAGAUUCUUGGAGAUGUUUUGAA